AACGCAAAGGAGGACCCGUUUUGGGGGGCUGGUUUAAUUCAAAGGCCUGUCAUUUUUUUUACUGUUCUUAAAGCAGCUGCAGUACAAGUUCACAUCUCCUAUUCUGCGGGCAGAGUCGAGGAGAGCUGAGAACCGACCGAGAGUGAAGAAAACGAACAAGAACCUGAGGGAAAAAGAGCUCCGCUAACUCAGUGACAGGGCAGGAACACGCACCAUCUCUGCACAAUACACGAGGCGAAGGUCUCAACGAUGAUGUCUCCUCUCCUCCCUCUCUUGUCCCUGCUUGUCUCCUCUCUCGCACUCCCUUUUGAGCAGAGGGGUUUCCUAGACUUCUCGCUGGAUGCUGGCGAGGGGGGGGUUCCGAUGAUGAUGAUGAACGAUGAAGAGGGCUCAGCCUUUGAGGAGGGGACCCAUGCGCUUCCCGGCCCAGAACCAGUCUGCCCCUUUGGCUGUCACUGCCACCUGAGAGUGGUACAGUGCUCCGACCUGGGUCUGACCUCAGUUCCCAGGAACAUACCCCCAGACACAGCCCUGUUGGACCUGCAGAACAACAAGAUCACAGAGCUGAAAGAAAACGACUUUAAGGGGCUCCACAACCUCUACGCGCUGGUCCUGGUCAAUAACCGCAUCUCCAAGGUGAGCGGGAAGGCUUUUCAGCCUCUGAGGAGGCUGCAGAAGCUCUACUUCUCCAAGAACCUCCUGACUGAGGUCCCGCAGGGCCUGCCCCCCUCACUGGUGGAACUCAGAAUCCAUGAGAACAGAAUCAAGAGCGUCCACAAGGGGGCUUUCAAGGGACUGGGCAGCAUGAACUGCAUCGAAAUGGGGGGUAACCCCUUGGAGAACAGCGGAUUUGAACCCGGGGCCUUUGAUGGACUGAAACUUAACUACCUGCGAAUCUCUGAAGCCAAACUUACUGGAAUUCCCAAAGAUUUCCCAGCCAGUAUCAAUGAGCUGCACCUCGAUCACAAUCAGAUUCAAGCCAUUGAGCUCGAGGACCUCAUCAGAUACAAGAGUCUCUACAGGCUGGGUCUGGGGUACAAUCACAUUCGCAUGAUUGAGAAUGGCAGCCUUGCCUUCGUCCCGAAUCUGAGGGAGCUUCACCUGGACAACAACCGACUGAGCAAGAUACCAGCCAACCUGCCGGACAUGAGAUACCUGCAGGUGAUCUACCUUCAUGCUAACAACAUUACCCAGGUGGGGGUGAAUGAUUUCUGCCCUCAAGGCUUUGGUGUGAAGAGAGCUUUCUACAACGGCAUCAGCCUCUUCAGCAACCCUGUCAAUUACUGGGAGGUGCAGCCUGCAGCCUUCCGCUGUGUCACCGACAGACUGGCUAUACAGUUCGGCAACUACAAGAAGUAAAGAGGGAGGAGAGGGGGAGAGGAGGAGGGAGAAAAUACAAGCAUCUUCUGGUUUUUAUUUUAUUGCAUAAUGUUAGCGUUGUAUUUUGGUGUAUAUUAGUGAUGGAUGGCACUUGAAAGUUUUCAAAGUCUCGCAGCUUGUACUUCCUGAGGUCACCUUCAUCCCAGCUUUUACAGCUCCCAGCAUCCAAAGAUAACAUUUCUGGCAUUCAUGAUAAGCUUUGGAAAUGAAAGCUGUCUGCGUUUGUGAAUCUCUUGAGAGCAUUGCCUUGUCCUCACAGACUGAAAUACACCUUCCCGGUCCAGCAGCUCUUCUGAAAAAACGAAGACAUUGAGAAAGACUGAGUUGAAACAUUUGUCAUUAAAUUUAUGAAGUUUAUUUUAGUUUUUCUAAAUGUGUCACUUAUUAUUUUAUAGCUUAAGAUAUAAAAUUAAAUUUCUACUGUUUUUUAAUUAGUUUUUUUCAAACAUUGUCUUUACAGUUUUCCUUUCUCGCUGUAUUGCAUUGAAACCUUUGAAAAUGGCAGCUCCACUCACCCCUCACUGGAAAUGAAGGCUGAU